UGCAGGAGUCUGUUCGGUUGCUGACUGUAAGUAAAUGAAUUCAACUGCACAAAGCUCUCCUCACACCGAAGCCUGUUCAGUGGUGAGUACAUGUGCUCGUCUUAAGGCUACCAACCGAAUUUGGUCUUAUUCGUCAGACUGCAGAACUUCAAUAGGAGACGUUCAGUUGAGCACUUUAAACUCCCCUACACUUUCUCCCCGUGUGCGUGUUUGAGGGAGAGAAGGUGGACCCGAGGAAGAUGGGGUUUAAAGUGUUGUUGCGUGCUUCUGGAGCCCAAAGCUAACUUUCAAAGUAUUUUUGUAGUAGUGUAGAUUUAAAACUUGGUCGUUUUAGAGGGAGAGCGAACAAGAAAGGCGAAAAUGGAGAACCAGUCGGUGGUGGUGGACCAGCAGAGUUACGAGGACGUGCGAAAGAGCGGCUACCUCCGCAAGCAGAAGUCCAUGCACCGGCGCUAUUUCGUGCUAAGAGCGGCCUCGCCGAGUGGUCCUGCCCGACUGGAGUACUACGAGAGCGAGAAGAAGUUUCGUGGCAAGGCGCCGGUUCCUAAAAAGGCUGUGGUGUUGGAGACCUGCUUGAACAUCAACAAGCGGGCGGACGCCAAGAACAAGCACAUGAUCGUGCUGUACACCCGGGCAGAGAGUUUCGCCAUCGCCGCCGACAAUGAGGUGGACCAGGACGAUUGGUUCCAGGCCAUGGUGGAUAUGCAUUGCAAAAGUAAGAUCCCGGUGAGCGAGUGUGGCAGCGGGGACUACGGCGUGCCCACGCCGGGGCCGGCCUUCAAGGAGGUGUGGCAGGUGAAGGUGUGGCCCAAGGGCCUGGGCCAGGCCAAGAACCUGGUGGGCAUCUACCGCCUGUGCCUGACCGACAAGACGGUCAACUUCGUCAAGCUCAACUCGGACGCCGCCGGCAUCGUGCUGCAGCUCAUGAACGUGCGCCGCUGCGGACACUCGGAGAACUUCUUCUUCGUGGAGGUGGGCCGCUCGGCGGUGACGGGCCCCGGUGAGUUCUGGAUGCAGGUGGAGGACUCGGUGGUGGCCCAGAACAUGCACGAGACGCUGCUGGAGGCCAUGAAGUCGCUGAGCGAGGAGUUCCGCCAGCGCAGCAAGUCCCAGUCGGGCCCGGCGGCCGGCGGAGGGGCCACCGCCUCCAACCCCAUCAGCGUGCCGUCGCGGCGCCACCACCCCAACCCGCCGCCCAGCCAGGUGGGGCUCACGCGGCGCCCGCGCACCGAGCCCCCGAGCUCGGGCGGAGGAGGAGGGGCGGCGUCGGGGUCGACGGGGGCGUCGAACGCGGCGGGGGGGGGAAACGGGAACGGCGGAAGCGGGCGGGACAGCGACGGGGGCUCCAACACGUCGCCGACGCCGAGGUACCACAGCUUCCCGCGCACGCGGACCUCCAGCGACGGAGCGAGGAGCGACGACAUGUGCGGCGGUAACGGAGGAGGAGGAGGGGUCACCUCCGGUCCGGCCAGCGCCAGCCCCACCCCCAACGGCGGCUCGCGCUCCUCCACGCCCAUCCUGCGCUCCACGUCCGUCCGAGCGCCGCCGUCGUCCAAGCACCCGCACGGCCUGAUGCGCUCCACCUCCACCCCCGCCGCCCCCUCCGGCCCGCCCAGCCGCAUGUCCCCGGCCGCCCACCACGGCGCCGACUUCUGCCCCCUGCUGUCGUCCGGCCCCGGGGGGUCGUCGGGGGUCAUCGCCGGGGGCAGCAGCAGCAGCAUGAGCAGUAGCGUCGGCGGAGGUUCCGGCGGAGGUUCCCAGGGGGGGGGUGGAGCGUACAGCCGCGUGCCCAGCCUGCAGGCCUCGCUCUCGGGCUCGCUCAGCGACUACGGCGGCUCCUCGGACGAGUACGGCUCCAGCCCCGGCGAGGGCUCGCUGCUGGCGCUGCACGGGAUGACCGGCCUCGACCGGAGCCUCGACCGGAGCCGGGACGACGAGGGCGCCAACUACAUCCUCAUGAGCCAGCAGCAGAGGAGGACCGCCAGCGGACACGGCGGGAGCGGAAACGGGAACGGGAACCCCGGCUCGAGUUCCGCCGGUCACUACCAGUACUUGGGCGGAAACGGUACGCAGCAGCAGCAGCAGCAGCAGCAGCCGCCUCCUUCGCAGGGCGCUCGGAGGAUCCUGCGGCGGUCAUCGAGCCGCGAGUGCGAGGCUGACCGCCGCUUCCUCAGCAAGAGGGCCUCGCUGCCGCCCAUGGCCCUCGAGCGCCUGGCCCCUCCUCCGUCGAUGUCCGCCUCGUCGUCCAGGAGAGACGCGGACCACGCGAACCACGCGGACCAGGCCGAGGCGGAGGAGGAGGACGACUACGCCGUGAUGUCGUGCAGCGCCGGCCGGGACUCCUUCAUCGAGCCGAGGCGCGAUGUCGGCUCCUCGUCUUCCUCCGCCCAGCAGCAGCAGCAGCAGCAGCCGUCCGGAAGCCUGGGAGGGCCGUCCGCCUACCUGGACAUGAGCGCCGAACUCCGAGGAGAGAACGGCGGUCCGCUGGGAUUAGCGGUCAACGUCGGAGUCGGAGAGGGCGUUAGUAGCGCCAGGGACAACGGCUACAUGUCCAUGCUGCCCGGAGUGACCGCCACUCCUCCGUCGUCCGUGUCCAACUCGCUGGUGGUGGCCGUGGCGGCCGGGCUGGACUCCGGCGGCGUCCGGCACGUGGCCGCGUCCGAGCCGGACGUGGACGACUACAUGGCCAUGACGCCCAACAGCAGCGUGUCGCCGCCGCAGAGCAUCCGGCCCCCGCCGACGCCCACCUCCGCCGCCGUCGUCGCCGACGGCUACAUGAUGAUGUCGCCCAACGGGAGCUGCUCGCCGGAGCAGCGCGGAGGGCUCAGCGGCGCCCCCUGGCUGGGCAGCGGGAGCGCCGACUCGCGCGCGGGCAGCGACUACAUGAACAUGUCGCCCAUCAGCGCCCGCUCGGUCAGCGGGAGCCCCCCGCCGCCGCCGCUGCUGUCCGAGCACCACGCCCGCUCCGACCCGCACGGCAACGCCCACGCCAACCAUCACCAUCACCACGGCAACUGCAUCCAGCCGCUGCAGCUGCAGCCUCAGCAUCCCCACCUGCAACAACAGCAGCAGCAGCAGCAGCAGCAGGCGCCCAAGAUGGUCUACUCGUACUACUCCCUGCCCAGGUCCUACAAGCACAACGCCUCCGCGCGUUUCGAGGACGGACCCGGCCGCGGGAAGAGACUGACCGCCGCCGCUGGCAGCAGGACCGCCGGAAACGGCGGCGGGUUCCGGGGUCCAAGCUCCAUCGCCGGUGCCAGCACCAGCGGAGCAGGGGGCAGCGGGAGCAAAGUCCAGGACCCGCACCUGGUGGGAGGUCCCCUCUCGGGCCGACACCUGUCGCUCUCCUCGUCCUCCUACUCGUCCAGCUCGGCGAGCAGCGAGAGCCUCGGGGAGGGGGGGAGCGAGGGGGACAAGACCCCCCACGGAGGGGCAGCAGCAGCAGCCGCAGCAGGGGUCAGGGCUGGGGCGAGAGCCAAGAACGGACCUCUCCAGCAGGACCACCACCAGCAGCACCAGGGUCAGCACCUGGGUCAGCGGAGGGGCUCGUCCGGCCUGAAGCAGCAGCAGCAGCAGGGUGGACUCGGCCAGCGCAGCCGGCCGGUCAGCCUGUUCGUGGACGUGUCCAAGGCCAACACGCUGCCCCGCGUCCGAGAGAGCCCCCUUCCCCCGGAGCCCAAGAGCCCCGGCGAGUACGUCAGCAUCGAGUUCAAAGGAGAGCACUGCGCGAGAGCCGGGAUGUCCGUUACCGCGACGACCGCCACCACGACGACCACGGCCGCGGGAGCGGCGGGCGGGAGAGGAUUCCGACCCGGUUUCUGGAUCUCCCCGACGUCCUCUUCCUCGACACCGUCAUCAUCAUCUGCAGCGGCGUCUUCGUCUAGUCGCCCCCUCCCCCGACCGAUGUCCUGCCUAGCGGGUUUCCUACCCGUGUCCCCAGGGGCCCUGGCGCCCCCCUCGGCCUCCUCCGAGUACGUCAACAUGGACCUGGGGCCGUCUCCGUCUCCGUCCCCCUCCCCGCUCUCGCUCACCCCGCUGGGCUUCCCCUCCUUCUCCAGCCCCCCGACGCCUCCGCUGCCGUCCGCCGCCGCCGCCGCCCCCAAGGCCCGCGACGAGCUGCGGUCGGUCUCGACGUCGUCGUCGUCCUCCUCCUCCUCGCGCUCGGACGAGGCGGGCAAAGGGGCGCGCCAACAGCAGCAGCAUCAGCAUCAUCAUCAUCACCAGGCGCCGGAUUCGCCCACGUCGUGCGGCGACUACACGGAGAUGGCCUUCAGCCUGAGCGCCAGCACGCCCACCACGAGCUCCGCGUCGUCCCCCAAGGGGCCCUCGCCGGACCGGCCCGAGUCCGUCAUCCUCCCCCCGCCGGGCCUGGCGGGCCUGCCGCUGGACUUCCCCCUGGGCGUGGGCAAACUGGGCCCCAACCCGGACCACGGCGCCAAGGUGAUCCGGGCCGACCCGCAGGGCCGCCGGCGCCACUGCUCCGAGACCUUCCUGGCGGCCGCGGCGGCAGCGGCGGCGAUCCCCGUCCUGUCCUCGGGCUCGUCCUCCUCGUCUUCGUCCUCGUCCGUGUCCGGCGGCGGAGGAGGAGGAGGAGGAGGAGUAGGAGGAGGGCUUCCCGAGCACGCCCAGGCCGUCGCCAGGCGCCUGGGCUUCGACAGCAUCCUCUGGGGCUCGCACGGCUCCGCUACCUCCCCAGACUCGCCCUCGCAGCACGGGCCUCCCGCGCUACCCGCUGCCCAGGCCUCGUCCGCCGAGCAGGGCCUCAACUACAUCGACCUGGACCUGGCCAACAAGGAGAGCCCCCACUCCGGCCCGGAGCCGGCCCAGACCAUCCCCGCGCGCCUCUUCUCCAGCGUGCUGGGCGUCGGCGGAGGGGGCGGCGGGGGAGGGGCCGUGGGAGUGACCGGCGUGGGGCUCGCGGCGGCGGCGGCGGCCAACCUCAACACCUACGCCAGCAUCGACUUCUACAAGUCCGAGGAGCUGCGGACACACCAGAGCACCGGCAAGGACACCGAAUGUUGAAGCCUGCAGCUAACUGCAUCUCUGGAACUCUGGGAUACUGAGUCCUGACAGACUCAGGAAGUGGUGUCCAACUUGCCUCUGCAGCUGAAGAAAUGGCGAGACUCAAAGGAAUCAAACUCGAGACGUUUGUUUGCGUUCAGAACUUUUCUGGUGUCGAUGGCAACCAAUGACAACAAGUGCCAAAAAUGAAAAAAGGACAAAACCGUCUAGACAAACAAAGACAAAAACCAUUAAGACACCUUAAGGGGUGCUCUUUGGCUCCUGAGACUGAUGGACACACUGCUCGAGCCAAUCGUGGGAGAGUAUGGACAUGACUGCCACGUUGAGGAGCCAAUGGUGUCGGCCGAGCCCAGUGAAAUCUGGUCGGCACAAGAACUGAACUGGAUUCAGUUGAAAGCUGAGCGGGGGAAGCCCGAAGAUGGGUUCUUGAAUAUAAUGUAAUGUCUGGAUGUAUUUGCAGAAGUGCCUAUUUGUUUGUCAACAGCCUCAUCCUUAGCUAUCCCUGCAGCAUAGCCUCAGAGUAGAACAUGAUAGUGGCUAAUGUGGUGGUCUGUUCUCUUGUUUGUGUGUGUGUGUGUGUGUGUGUGUGUGUGUGUGUGUGUGUGUCUGUACGUAUGUUUGUAAAUGUUUAUUUUUUUAAUAGAAACACCACCUCAGACAAAACAAAAAAAAAUAUUGCAGUCCAUUCUGUAGUGUUAAUUGUAAAUGAUAUGUGAUGAUAAGUGAACAAAAUGCAAUGCAACCAGCUAUAGCCUUACUGCGCAUCUGAGCUGAACUAGAAUAGAUGGACUAGUCUGCGGUCCUCGCUCACACCCAGCACUCAUGCACAACCAUACACACAUGCUAUACGCACAGGGAGGAGCAAAAAAUACAUUAAAAUGUAUUUUCAUAUAAGAUACAAAUAUUCACGUACAGCAACCACAACAUGUAUAUACUGUAUCAAAAAAUGAACUAAAGUAUUUUGUAUGUAAAAAUACAAAAAAAUAUAUUUCCAUGGCAACAUGACUAUCCUAUUUGGUCGUGUUUAACAGCUUUUCACUGUUUAUUUUCAAGAUACAUUACCAAUCUAUUUUGAGAACCAUCAUAUCAAAAUACGGGGUAUUCAAGCCAGCCAUGUUCUCAACAAGGCAUGCAUAACAUUUCAUGCCAUCCAAUUAGAGAGAAACAAAAGCGUUUCUAUGCAUCCUCGCUUUCAAACUUUCAAGUGUCUGUGUCAGACCUUCGAUGAAUUGGACCUCGAUCCUUCACCUGCCACGUGUCUUGCAAGCAUGAGCAAAGUGCUCAGUACAAAAUUCAAUUUCCCAAAGAUGCAUGCGGAUCAAUGUACGUCACUUUGUGUGUACAAAUACAUUUUGUAAUACAAACGAUGAAAUAUCGUUUUGUAUUUCAAGUACAGUACAUGUGUGCCCACGUGUAUCGCUAAUGCAAGCAUCCAUCUGCGCACACACACACACACACUCACACAGACGAGGAGGAACUAGUGUGUCCGUUAUCUUUAGAGUGAACUGGUAUCAGGAGCGAGCUCUUUGAGUUGUAGGUGUCCAUCACCCGGCACUUGAUGGUUGUUGAGCUGUGAGAGCACUUAACUUGAAAUGACUCAGUCUCUCCUCUCCUGCUCACAGUGUCUGUGCAUCAACGCUGCAGUAACACUUAAAAAGUGCCUUCUCUUCUGUCUUUCUUUCUUUCCUUCCUUCCUUCCUUCUUUCUCUCUACCUUUCUAGCUUUCUUUCUUUCUCUCUCUGUCUCUCUCUCUCUGCUGCUUUUCCGUUUUUCUCUGCGUGUGCUGUACGAUGUGCUGAUGCGUGAGUGAGUACUUUUGCAGGCUAUUUUGGUCCUGUUUUAGUGGUACACCUCCCGCGGAUCCUCUCCUCCUUUGCACGCAACUGGGGUCGGGGGGGGGGGGGGGGGGCUGCCAUGUCAGGGACAUCCCGCAACAGGAGACCACACUGCCGACGCCAGCCUGUGCCAAAACGCAAUCAGGGCGUGUGUGUGUGUGCGUGCGUGUGUGCGUGCGUGUGUGUUUGUUUGUGUGUGUGUGUGAGGUGUGAACUGAAACAAACACUAAUGCCAUCUUAGCACUUAAAAAAAAACAAAAUCAACCCAGUUCUUCAGAGAACAACUGCAAAGAUGACAAUUUGAGGCUUGUUCUUGUUUUUGUUUUGUAAUUUCUGUUACGGAAUGUAACAGAUUUGGUUCUUUUGGAAUAUUUCGUUUUAAUCUUUUAAGUUGUUGUGGGGGGGAGGGGGGGUCGGUGUUUGGUCCUUGCCUCAGCCUUUAUUCGGCGUCUGAAUGACCGCAGUCAGCCUGUUUGACCCCCAUCCUCCGUUAGUAUCUCGCUGUCCUACUUAGGAAGGUCAGCGUUUCAGGUUGAGGGGCUUUGCUGCUAAUGAACAUAGAAGAGUUUAACGCUUUUGUGUUGUUGUUGUUGUUGUUGUUGUUGUUGUCACCUGUUGUGGUGGUGGUGGGGGGGGGGGGUUAACACAAAUGUAUUGUAGGAGUUCCGUCUUUAUUUUCUGCCUCUCCGCCAUCGUUUCCUGCCAUCUCAAACUCUUGAGUGGCCUUCCGCGAAAGAAAGAAGAAAAAAAAACAAAAACAAAACAAAAAAAAAAGCCCUUCUCACAUGAUUGCCGGGACGCGACGCGACAC